AUGUCUCAGACUUCUGCGUCCCAGAAUCCUAUUGGUGAGACCACCGCGCCUCUCACUGAGCCCCCUCCGCAAGUGGAAGAAGAGAUCAAACGACAUAUUCUCGAUACCGCAAGCAGGGAUGCAGCUGCGCCCGAGAAGGUGAAGAGUGAAGACGUGAAAUCAAAACCUCCGCAUCCCAGAAAGACCGCUGAACACGAGCCUAGUGAAUGA